AUGUCUGAUAUCUCAUCUCCCGGAAAUGGAAUAUUCCCCAAUGGCCCAUCCAUGCGCCAGCCUGCACUUUCCUGGCUAUACAGAUUAGAAUGCGACAUCGCCAAAGAAGAGGUCAAUAUUGGUGCCCCUCACAACAAUGGCACUAUCCGCAGCAUCGCUAACAUUGUGCGCGGGAGUGUACGGGGGCCCGGCAUCGAAGGCGAGAUCUUACCACUUGGUGGUGCAGACUGGGCCACUGUUGUGAAAGGGACACACUCCAUGACUCUCGACGCUCGCUAUACUGUCCGCACAUCUGACAACCACCACCUCUACAUUCGCGCUCAUGGCCUAUAUCGCCCAGGCCCGGGGACAAGCUAUGCCAAGGCCGUUGAAGAAGAUCCCGAGAUGAUUCCUCCUGCGACAGUCUCACAGGAUGAUGUGGAGUUCUUCUCACAUUUGCGCAUUGAGGCUGGACCAGGUCCGUAUAAUUGGUUAAAUGGACUUGUGUGUCUAGGGGUGAUGUGUUGCGAGGGAGAGAAGAUCUGGAUUGACGCUUAUUAUUUGACGAACUUCCCUGGUGUUAAGCCUGAGGAUGUGGUGGCGAAGUAA